AUGAAUGCCUCGUACGUACCUUUGUCUUCUUUCCUUGUCAUUUGCGUGCUCCUCAGCAGGUCUCUUGCUUCGGCCGGUUCAGUCAAUGCCUGUAGUUUCCAGUCGGACGAGCUGGCACGGAAUGCAUCAUCAGCUCGAGUGACGGCCUGGGUCGAGCAGCCCAACUUCCGAGGCACCUUCGACAUCCUCUGGACCUGUCUUGUAACGAUUGGCAUCAGCACAUACACUAUGUUGUGUCUGAAUAUCCCUGCACCAAAAGACACCUACCUGCAGCUGGUGGGUCGCCGGACGCUGUGGAUGAUUCUGGGGAUCAUGGGCCCUGAGUUCGUUCUUACAUACGCUGCUGGGCAGUGGAGUAGAGCGAAGUGGUCAGUCAAAGCGUUCAAAGAGUCCGGGUACCACAAGUGGCACAUGAGGCAGGCUUUCUUUGCUGAUAUGGGUGGUUUCGUCUUCCACCCGAGAGACGGCGAUCCGUUUCCGCUCAAUGCGACCCAACUACACUGGUUGAUUCGCCAUCAGUAUGUUGACUUCCCAAGCGUAACAAAACGAGAGAUUUGGGACAAUUCAAAGCAAGACACCUUCGCAAAGGUAAUCACCGCCUUUCAAGUCAGCUACCUCAUCAUUCAAUGCGCCGCGCGGGCCGCUCAGGGGCUUACCAUCACCACGCUCGAACUAAACGCCCUCGCCAUUGUUGUCUGUUCACUAAUGACAUCAUACGCCUGGCUUCAUAAGCCUGCAGACGUCCACAGUCCCAUUCAUAUACAUUCACCAAAAACCCUCGACGAGAUCAAAGGCAACCAAGACUGGGAUCUGACGCCCCUAGACUUCGUCGACGAGAAUGGCCCAGGAUACUCCGUGAACAUACAGCCGUUCAUAAACAUGCCCGUCAUCCCGGCCGAACGGCCCAUUCAGCGUAUACCCAAUGACCGCUUCCCUACGAACCCAUACGGCAUCCAAGAGUACCUCCUGUGCCUUGCCACGCUCCUCUUCAGCGGCAUACACGUGGCGGGGUGGAACUUUGACUUCCCCACUGCAACCGAGCGCACGCUGUGGCGCAUUUCAUCGCUGCUGUUAUUCGGCAUCACGGCCGCGUUUUGGCUGUUCGAGACAAUCGCGUCGUGGACCCGACUCGGGCGCUGGCGAAUGGUCUGGCUGUACCUCUUCAACCGGGGCGGGCUUGAGAAGCACCGUGCUGGGCUGCGCAGGAAGGGGGCGUUGACUGUUGCGCGGAAGAUGACGGAGAUCCCUGUUCGUUGGGAGUUUGCGACCAUCACGCCGCUGGCGAUUGUGUAUGGCAUCGCGCGGCUGUACAUGAUCGCGGAGGCUGUUGCAGAGUUGAGGAAUGUUAGUGCCACGGCUUAUGUUAAUGUCGAGUGGACCAACUUCAUCCCUCAUGUGUAA